CUGCCCAAGCCUUCCGGCACCUAGGGGAGUGGACAGGGUUUGGGACCCAAGGUGUAGAUACAAAAGCAUGGUUGGCCCAGGUCCUUAAACACCUGUUCCCCACCACCACCUCCCCAGCUUCCCCUUUCUAUGGGAUAGAUGCUGGGGAGAGUUGGUGUUCCCUCCGUGUAACAGAUGGUCCCCGCGCUCGGGAGGAGGCAGUGGGUUAUGAAAGCAGGUUCGAUGGAACGGUUUUACCUGAAGGAGGUGUUAGUCUCUAAAUAACCAUGAGUGGGCUUAUAGGAAUUAGUCAUAAUUGAGGUUUUUUUUUUCUCUGAGAUAGCUCGCAGUCAUGUUAUCUUAUGACCAGGGUGUCUUGAAUAUGACACCCCCCGAACAUGGAUAAUUAUAUAGUACCAAAAGGUAUAGAAAGUGCAUGCACAUAGUCAAGUUUUACUGUUAAAAAUAAUUCAGCAGAGAGCCUGCGAGAACACAUGACUUUCCUCAUCAAAGUUGUUAAGGAAGAGAUUUCUAAGUUACCAAACUUACUGACAGUUAAACCUUCCUGAGGCAUGUGUGGGAGUUAGAAGCCAAGUCUGUGAUAAUUCUGUAGAAGCUGUGGCAAAUUAAUAGCCAUUGCUGGAGGGGGGAGGGAGGACCGAGAAGGGGAGCUGGUUCCCAAAUUGCGCUUAUCUUUGGCAGAACAGUUGGACAAUAAUGACCUCCUCAUGUCACCCUGAGUUAAAGUGCAGAGCUGCUUAAUUACAAGUAAAAGACUUUAGAACUCAGCCAGCAGGGGAAAAACCACAUUCUUCACAGUUGAUCAGAAAACAGAUUAAAUUAACAAGGAGACAGGCCGGCAUUUUUUUUUUUUUUUCAUGCCAAGGAGAAGGUUCCUGAACUCCCAGCAGCCAGAUUGGGUGUGAAAACCUAGCGAGAAGUAGAAGAUGGGAAGUGUGGAAAGACCCAGUCUGUGGACAGAAGGGAGCAAACAUAGAGGCCUUUAAGUUAAGAAAGGAAGGAUAGCUUUCGAACUGGCUAGUGCCUGGGGAAUAUAGGGGAAGACUGUGUCUUGUUUGGGUAUGGUUUUAAUGAAGACGAAAAGGAUGCUUUCUAAAAUUUGGCAACAUGGAUAAGAGGCACAGAAGAAUAACAUUAGAAUGCAAGGCUACAGGGUUGGAAUUACAUUGCUCAGGACUGUGUGACGAAGGUAGCUUGGUGUAAGUUGGUUUGACGUAAGGAUACAAUUAAAGUGGGACAUCAGAAGACAUUUCUUAGGAAAACAUGAUUUUGCAUUUUUGAGCCAAGUUCAUGGGCAGUUUCUGAAAUCAACCUUCCUGCAUUUCUGUGCAGUGGGCGGGGCAGGCACGGGUUCCAGGGUUUGCCCUGCUGGUCAGAGGUGGCUAGGAGCAGAACCACCAAGGGUCCCCUGGGGGAAAAACUCUGCAGCAACAGGGGUCUUGAGAAGCAAUGGCCACCGAGGCCCCUGUGAACAUAGCCCCCCCUGAACGCAGCACCGCAGGCCACACAGCCGCUGACGGCUUCAUCUGGCAGCCAGACUCGGCGAACAUGCACGUCCUCAGGCCCAAGUCCGCCAAGGGACGGACGCGGCCGAGCCCGCACAGACCGCAGGGCACAGAGCCGGGUCCUCACCGCCCGCCGGCCUCCCUGCCUCCAGCCAUCCCCUGUGAGCCGCCCAGCGGCCAGAGGCCGGGAGCCUGCGCACCCAGGUCUCCAAACCAGGGAGCUCCCAGCGAGAUCCCCGAGCUGCGGCAGCAGGUGCCGGCUGGCGCUUCCUCCUCCCUCAAUAAAUACCCAGUCCUCCCUUCCAUCAACAGGAAGAGCCUGGAGGAGGGGUCUGUGGAAACAGUGGUGAAACAGGCCGGCUCCCUGCAGCUGAGCGGCACAGUGAAUAAGAAUGAAGAAGAGUCCAGAGUUCCAGCUUCUUCCCCAGAGAGGAAAGUCAUCAUCCGGACCAGGAGACAGACCUCCCCCAGGGUGGGGGACCCGGAGGAGCCCUCAGAUCAAGAGCCCAGGCUGCUGCUGGCCGUCAGGUCGCCAUCGGGCCGAAGGUUCGUUCACCAUUUCCGGCCCACCGACGCCUUACAGAUGGUUGUCGCUGUGGCCGAGGACAAGAACCAGGCCAGCUACCAGCCCUGCAGCAUUGAAACCAUGGAAGUGCCCAGGAGACGGUUCUCUGACCUCACCAGAUCCCUGCAGGAGUGCAGAAUCCCCCACAAGUCGGUGCUGGGCAUCUCGCAGGAAAAAGGGGAGGGGGAGCCCUGAGUCCGCAGCCCCCUAGCCGGGGUCCUGGGUCUCUGAGCAAGGAGCACGCUUGGCUGCUGUGGCCUUCCGGGCAGCUCAGUCCCAAGUGCCGUGUGAACUUGGGGGGGCUGUGAUCCUUGCGACCCACCUUCACAGCCUCUCCUCUGCAGGAGUGAAAUUUGCACAUGCGCCAAGCACAUUGAGAAGGUUCUCUUCCAGUUGUUGAAAUUCCCUCCAGCACUGGAGUGAACUGGCAAGUUACCAGGGCUGUUCCUGAAACCACCGUGACCAGGUCUCCCCCUUUCCCGAGGUCUGGGUCCUUUCUGGAGCACCCGCUUGCCUUUACAAAUGAACUCUCCCUCUCUUGAAGCCAAUGGUUUGCCUUUCUGUAUUUGAUGCAGGAUUAAAUACUUCCCAGAGAGGAUUCAAGUCUGGUAAAUAACCAGGGCUCAGGAAAUGUCGAACUGGCAUUUGUAUUUCUUGCAAACAUCUUUAAGAAACAGGCAGUUGACACUAUCUUGGAAGCAGCCUCUUUGCUGGGCUCGGGUGACUAGAGUUUCUCAGGGAUUACAGUUUGUGUGAUGUGGCUUCAGAGGAGAGAACAGGUCUUUCGCUAAUACAAAUCCCCCAACACAUCAAUGUUUCUGAAAUAGUCUGGGAGCUAGAAAGCAUAUAGCUUCCACAACUGUGGAUUAGCCAAGUAGCCACUCUUAAAUAGAGACUAAGUAGGUUUGCAAACAUCGGUAGCUACUCUCUACAUGCUGCAGUCUUCCCAAACUGAGAUAAACCAGUGUACUCUGAUUUCCUUCGCUUUUGUUGCUCAUGGAAUCUUUGUGUUUUUAAAACCAUACGAACAUACAAGUCUGUACAAGUUUGCCCUGAAGGCGCCAUUGAGGUGUGGAGAUGUAGUCUCGGUGUUUCGCCUCCUUCCCACAGAGACUCCCUGGAGCGGGGACAGCGGUGUCCCUGUUUUGUGAUUUCGGAACCCCAGGGAGGACAAGGGUUCCUCUGUUGGGCCUCAUUCGGCUGCACCUGUGCCGAGAGACCCUGUGCCCACGUGUCCGUCUGAUUGGCAUGUGGUACGUCUGAAUGCCUUAGCCCAUAGCCAUGUUGAAGACCACGGGGUCUUGGCUUUCCAACUCUAAAGUGGUGACGUGGACAGCUCGCCAGAGUCCUCUUAUGUCGGGAGUUCAGCAAGACCUCCAGGUCUCAUCAGGAUCCUCUUUGUGGCCAAAUCACCAUUCAGAGUAGGGGAGCCGGUCCCUCAAGAGCUCUGCCAUCAUGGAGCACUGAGUACCGAGGCGCCCUCCCUGUUCCUGGGUACACAGAGAAGGCAGGAGUUCCAGAAGCCUAUCAGCAUGGCGGCCUCAGCAGCAAGUGCGCCUUGUACCUAGAUAAGGAAGGCGGCUGGAAAUGUUACAUCCAGCAACUUGAUACUCCGCCAUGGAGAUUAACGCCAACGUCGUUUCCUCUCAAGAAGGCUCGCCUUGUCCUUCCCCAUCCCACACCACCCAGAUCACUCAAGAGUGGGUUCUUUCAUAAUGUGUGGUCCAAUUUCCCAAUACUAGCUCGGUUGCAAAGGUUGCAAAGCUGGGACUUGCUGGACCUUGGGCAGCUCACGCAGCUGGCCACCUCUCCCAACCAGCGACCAUGGUGGAGGGGACUUGGGCGGGCGGAGGGUGGGGGAUCAGCAUCCAGCCUGGUACUCUCAGGCUGGGUGCAUAUCCGCCUCUGAUCCUAGGAGGCUGGGGGAAGAGCCUCCCUCAAAAUCACACCUACUCUGUGGUAAGAAUAAAAUCCCACCCACCUGGGACUCGGUAAUUUCUCCAGGCAGGAAAUCUGUAGAAAACUUCAGCGAAACAGCAUGCUGGAGGGAGCUAGAAUCUUCUGCACUUAGGGCUUUGCUGCUGCAAUUCAGCUUGGAAUUUGGGGGUGGCAAAAAAAAGUGGAAGGCAUGAAACAUAGAAAUAUUUUAAGGUAUCUUAGGACAUGAGAAUAGAGCUAGAUUUGAGCCACCUUGAUAAACUUAUUUUUUUUUGGACAAAAGGAUGAUGACACAAUAAAAAUUGAUUUGUGUGACGCCAAGUCGGCGGAGAAACACGCCUUCUGUUUUCAAGCAGGACUCCGGCCCCUGGGCUCUGGCAGACAGAGGGGCUCACCGACCUCACCUCCUUGGGAAAACACUGAGCUCUGCUGUUAAGUCCAAGUCCCCGUCCCCAGGCACCCCGGGUCCCCACCCUUCCCAUAGCUCUUGCUUUCAGGUUACAGGAUUGCACCAAGCUCUCUACAGCAAGAGUCUCCUGAAUUUCUCUGAAAAAUCAUUCCGAGUAUUCUCCUUAGGAAGUUGGCAAGAGCCGCCUCUCUAUCAGAGAGGUGACUUUGCAGAUGGCGCUGUCACGUGGGCACCCCGGUCUAAUGGGUGGCUUUGGGUGACCACUUUGUAGUCACAGACCUCACUCAUUCAUUGAACCAGUGGUCACUGAGGGCCUACCCUGUGUCAUACACGGGUGACCGGCAUUGGCGUCCCACCAAGGGACCAUUGACAAGGAAGCGUAAAACCAUCUCGGGAGCUGAGAGUCCGACCCAAGUGAGGGGCUGUAGAUUUACCCGUGAAGGAUCCUGGAGUGAGGAGGAAAGGCUGUUGCUGUCUCCCCGCUGACUUGCAAAGGCGAGUCCUCCCCACCUUUCCAGCGAUGGCACCAGGAAGAGUGAUCAUUAGGGACGUGAACUUUGCGUAGGACAAAGCUUCAAGACCAGUUUUCCCAGCAUCUCCCCUGACACAGUCCAAGAGGUAAAUUAGUUCUGGCGGCAGAAGGAACAGCAGGAGACAUAAGUGACUCAUCAUUUAGAAUCCAAAAACUUUUCACCAACAGAUGGCAGGUGGUUUUAACACAACAGUCCUUGCCCUCAAAGUACCUGGGGAUCCAGCCAACAGCCGUCAAGGCAGGGCGGUCCUGAUGAAGAGAUGUAGGUGAACGUGACCGUGGGCCGGUAGUCACUCCAGAGAUCCCGCAGAAAUACUCCACAAGCGAAGAAACGUAGACAAGCCUUGAGGUUUCCAUUACCAUGAAAAACCUUAAAGUCUAGUGACGGAUCACUGUCCCAGGCAUGCAUUACGAAAGGAGGUGUACCGGGAACCAAGUUUCGCUUUUGUCUAAGCAUUUUACCACCAUCUUGUGUGCAUUUCUCGUGUCAAAUAAAACCACGCUGCCCCAAGGGGCCAAAAAAUAAAAAAUAAAAAAUAAAAAAAAGUUUCUCUUUACACAGUUUUUUAAUAAGUUGAGAUAAAAGGGUGCGUGGUUUCCUGUAGUCUGAGGUGUAUCUCAGAUGAGACUUUUAUAUGGUAAGAGGAUCUACUUUCCUACCCUUUAAACAGAGCUGCAAAGGAAACUAGAUGAUUCAACUUCAGCCUCCAUCUGGAAUCAGUCUGCGAAGCAAGCGCAGGAACAUCAGUUUCCGUCGUGCACGAGGCAACACACCACUGUCAAGUGCAAGGUUUGGGCCCCGUUCACCCUCACCCUGAGCCAGAACCAGCCCAAACCCGGCCAAGGUCAGAGGCCAAGGUGGAGGAGUUGGCGAAAUGCAAGCAGAGCGGACUUGGGGUGACUCACCAACACACAAGACAGUAGCUCACGUUGUACAAAUAAAAUUGGGUGUUUUGUUUUGCGUCUA